AUGAACUGCGCAUUCAAAAGAGAUCUGGCUUGGUCAUUUUCUCAGACCUUGAGACCUCGGUUGACGAGUCACCGGAGGUGCAUUCAAACAGAUUUUAGAACAACGAAGCCGUCGAGGAAUCUACUACUUGCACAUUUAUCUUCAAAAGCAGAGAAACGAGGUCUUCGGUUGUCAAGUCCACAGUCGCGGUCAUUUCAUUCCACAACUACUUCCGCACACGGUGAUAUAACACGACCUGAACCCGGAACAGGGAUCAAAGUGAACUUCAAGGAUUCUAAAGGUAAUCUGAUCAAGACGAUUGAAGCAAACGAAGGGGAUGAUAUUCUAGGAAUUGCUCAUGAAUAUGACAUUGACCUCGAAGGUGCAUGCGAAGGCUCGGUUGCAUGUUCAACAUGUCAUGUUAUUCUAAGUCCAGAAUAUUAUGAUCUUCUACCGGAACCCGAGGACGACGAAAACGAUAUGCUCGAUAUGGCGUUUGGCUUGACAGAUACAAGUAGACUGGGAUGUCAAGUCAAGUUAACGAAGGAGCUGGAUGGAAUCACAGCAACCCUUCCUAGUGCUACGAGAAAUAUGUUUGUAGAUGGGAAGAAACCUACGCAUCAUUAA